CGCCGCCGAGGACUCAGCAACCUCCCCCUUGAGCCCCCCUGGCUUCCCGACACUCCAUCCUCCCUGGCCGCCUUCUCCGCCGCAGCCUUCCGCAGGCCGUUUCCACCGAGGAAAAUGAAUCAUAUCCUAUGUCCGCUAUCCAGAACCGCCUCUUUCGACCCCUUUGCUGAUGCAACUAAGGGUGAUGACCUGCUUCCCACUGGCACAGAGGAUUAUAUCCAUAUAAGAAUUCAACAGAGAAACAGCAGAAAGACCCUUACUACUGUCCAAGGGAUUGCUGAUGACUACGAUAAAAAGAAACUAGUGAAGGCCUUUAAGAAGAAAUUUGCCUGCAAUGGUAUUGUAAUUGAGCAUCCAGAAUAUGGAGAAGUAAUUCAGCUGCAGGGUGACCAGCGCAAGAACAUAUGCCAGUUCCUCAUCGAGACUGGACUGGCUAAGGACGACCAGCUGAAGGUUCAUGGGUUUUAAGUGCUUUUGGCUCACAGAAGCUUAAGUGAGGAUUUCUUUGCAAUGAGUAGAAUUUCCCUCCUGUCCCUUGUCACAAGUUUAAAAACCUCACAGCUUGUAUAAUGUAACCAUUUGGGGUCUGCUUUUAACUUGGACUAGUGUACCCCUUCAUGCAAUAAACUGAAAAGAGCCAUGCUAUCUAGUCUUGAAGUUCCUCAUUUAAACAGAGGUCAAGCAGUAGGCGCGUGGCAGUGUCCAGCCUGAAACGGAGCAAUACCGUGAUGAUUCAGCCAAGCCCAUGUCUGGCCAAAGCUCCUCACCAGAGUUCCCUGACCUCAGAGAAUGUCACCACCUGGGCCUGAACAGCCUUCCAU